AUGGAAUCCGAUAUUAUGUGCCCCAUCUUGAAAUCACUUUACGACGAUCCUCAGAGCGCUUUCACUGUUGGCGUCGUUCAGACGACAGAAGACAGUUUUGCAGAAAUAUCGGCGUCUUCGUACUCGGCUCAGGCCGAGGCUGCUGUUCCUGUACCAUCUCGACUCUACUAUGGUACUAAGUUGGACGCCAAGCCUCUUCUAGGAGUUCGAAUUGCCGUUAAGGACAUUUAUCACAUCAAAGGGGUGAAGACCGGAGCCGCCUCUCGCGAAUAUUAUAAACUUUACCCAGCUCGUAACGCAUCUGCCCCUGCCGCACAGAGGCUAGUUGACUUGGGCGCUGUCAUUGUUGGCAAAGUCAAGACGUCUCAAUUUGCUAAUGGCGAAAACCCGACCGCUGAUUGGAUCGAGGUUCUUGCACCUUUCAACCCUCGCGGUGACGGCUGGCAAUAUUGCUCCUCAUCUUCUGCAGGCAGCGCGGUGGCAGUUGCCUCAUAUGACUGGCUUGAUGCAGCCAUUGGAACCGAUACAUCAGGAAGCAUGAGAUUUCCGGCUGCUUACAAUGGCGUCUUUGCUGGCCGUCAGAGCCAAGGUGGAAUUACUACAGACGGCCUUGUUCCCUGUUCCUCGACCUUGGAUACCCUCGGAGUCUUCACACGAAGUGCGGAGACGCACCAGCACUUCCUACAGUCGUGGUAUGGCAUGGAUACUUACAAGACUUAUUCUGCAUUCCCCCAAAAAGUCUUUAAGGUGACCAAUGCCACAACUGGAGGAUUCCCAGCAGCCGUUACUGCUGCACAGGGACUUUAUGACGCGUUUAUCCAUAAGCUUGCGGACUUCCUACAAGCGACAGUGGUAGAUCUUGAACCUUCGUCUGCAUGGCUUGCAGGCGGUCCAAUCGACGAAGAACUUCUCGUAUAUACGAAUAUGGAUUGGAUGCUCGCUCAUCUACUAAGUGAGCUGGAAAAGGCUGGCAUUAUUUCACCUGUCAAGACAGGAGAGGUCGCAUUUUAG